UAAGUAUACAAUGGAACGUCAAGCUGCCUGCAUGAGGAAAGCCUUGUUUGAUCAGGGAUAUCUUGACGAGCAGUUCAUCCAGUUGGAGGAUCUGCAGGAUGAUGCUAACCCUAACUUUGUGGAAGAGGUGGUCAAACUAUAUUACAGUGAUUCAGCACGGUUUAUUCGGAAUAUAGAAGUGCUACUGGAUAAGAGCUGUUGUGACUUUGAAAAACUCGAUGAUCUUAUGCACCAAUUCAAGGGCAGCACUUCGAGCAUUGGCGCUAACAAAGUGAAAAGGGAAUGCACUCUGUUUCAAGAAUACUGCAAAGUUGGGAACUUUGAAGGAUGCGUGAGAACAUUCCAGGAGGUAAAGCAAGAGCAUGCGGCACUGAAAAGAAAGCUUGAGAGUUACCUUGAGAUAGCAAAACAAGCUCGUUAAAUCAACCAACUUACCAAAGAUUGGAACAAAGGCUCUAGUGAAUGCAACAGUUGACAAGAGUCCCGAGUAAAUGACUCAGAAGCAUUUAAAUGCUAUUUCAUUGCUACUAAAUUCACUCUUUGCAUUAGUGGUUUAGGCUAUUAUCUUAUUCGGUUCAGAGUUGCUUUCUCAAUGUUAUUAAAAUGUACAACUGUGGCUUCAGAAAGAGAGGCCCAUUUGACU